CACAAUUGCUUUCAAAACCCUAAAAAAGCACACAACCUGUUCUUCCUCACUCUCCUUCAAAUUACACUUCUACCUACUUUUUCACUCUCAAUUUCCGUGGCAUCGGAAAUCAUUUCGUUUUCCUUCCGCUCUUGUUGGAUACGGAUACGUUAUUUUGUUUUGUUUUGGCUUUGAAAAUCGUUCCUAAUUCAUUUCUUCAGUUGUCAUUAUUUUCAAUUUCAAUAACUUCGUUCCUAUUGUUUCACGAUUCAUCCAUGUGCUAAUUUUGAUGGAAUAUUAACUUUCUUAACGUGAAUCACUUCCUGCAUUUGUGGUUUCGUCAUGGAGGACACUGAAUCAGUCGAUGAUCAGAACUCAGGAUGGUUCCAAGUCAAAAAGAAACACAGGAAUGUUUCAAAAUUCUCUUUGCAGAGUUGGAUGGGAGGAUUUUCUGGGAAAAAUUCUUCCAACUCUCAAUGCAAGCAGAAUCCCGUGAUUAAAAAGGAUGGCAAUUCACAUGGCAAGCAGAAAACUCGUCUUUCUACGUCGGGGGAUAAUUUUUUACAGAACCCUGUCAAUGUGAAUAUUGCGAGUUCCCUUUCCGUGUCAAAAGAAGAAGUUGGCACAAGCUAUGUUAAUACAAGUGUGGUUAGAACAGAAACUGAAAUUCAGAAGUCAGAUCCAUUAAUCAGCACAGAUUCUCAAGGUAAACAUGAAGAAGUUAGGAAGUUACACCAUACUGAUAAAACUGACCUAGCCGGGAAAUCAAGAAGGGGUGAUUUGGAGGAGGGGGGAUUGGCACUGCCGCCGCAUGAAAAGUUUGCCGGAGUUGGAAUAAAGUUUGGUAGUAUUGGAGAUGAUAGUUUGCUUAGCUGUAGAAAGCAUGAAAAUGUUCCUGAUCAUGUUGAUUCAUAUCAUGCCCAAGAAAAAGACUCAACUGCAUCUUCUACUGGCGCAGAGACUGUUCUUCAUCAGAACCCUUCGCUGAGAUGUGAGGAUGAAAUAUUUGAAGAGAAUAGUAAAGACGUUAAGAAUAUAUCUUUGGAGCAUUUUAACAAUCAAGAACUGAAUGGGGAGAAGAUUGGUCCAGAAGAUGGUACAUUAUAUAGUGAUAAGAAAAAUGACGAAGACUGCAAAGUAAAUAAAGCAGCAACUGGUAGUGGUAUUAAUAAUGAACUUUUGUCUGCCAAAGAUGUUGUGGUGGCUGCAAACCAAUCGCAUAUGCUUAUCAAGGGGGCAAGUGAUGAUAUCAAAAUUUCAGGAAUGCCAGAACAGAAUUGCAGCUUAAGCAAAGAGGUUACUUCCCAGGGUACUGAAUCACAAGUGCCUGAAACUUUCAGUGAUUCUGCUUCUGUCGAAGAGAUAAGGGAUCAACCAGAUGGUGAUAUGGAUAAUGUGUUGUCAGGAUCACAUAAUGCUCUAGAAGAAGGUGAUUCAAAUGAAAGCAAAGAAAGGUUUAGGCAGAGGCUUUGGUGCUUUCUAUUUGAGAAUCUUAAUAGGUCUGUAGAUGAACUGUAUCUUCUUUGUGAACUAGAAUGUGAUUUGGAUCAGAUGAAAGAGGCAAUUCUUGUUCUUGAGGAGUCUGCAUCUGAUUUUAAAGAGCUAAUCACUAGAGUUGAGGAAUUUGAGAAGGUUAAAAAGUCUUCUCAAGUAAUUGAUGGAGUUCCUGUCAUUUUGAAGAGUGAUCAUCGCAGGCCACAUGCUCUCUCAUGGGAGGUCCGAAGAAUGACAACUUCACCGCAUAGGGCAGAUAUACUAUCUUCAUCUCUUGAGGCUUUUAGGAAGAUUCAACAAGAGCGAGCUAGCAUGCAAUCAAGUAAUAAAACAGAAAAUUCCAUGUCUAAAUGUUUUGCUUCUGAAUCUGUGAGCAAUAUGAAAGCAUCUAGGGUCAGUGAUGGAACACACAAUGCCAACGAUCCAAUAGCAAUGUCAAGAAAUCAUAUUGCAUCUUCUGAUGCUAACCAAGUCAAUCUGAAUGGAAAAGAAUAUAAUAUCGAAGGGGAAAAAUCCUGUGAAGAAAUCACGAUUCAAAGUGGAUGCGACACACCAGGAAGCAUAUUAACCUCAGAAGUUAAUUUAUCAAAAUUAUCCAAGGGUAAAAGAGUUCACCUUGGAUCUGGAGCUGACAAGCUGCAUUCGAAGAAAGAUAGAGCACCAACCGAAAUUAUUAAUGAGAAGAACCCUAGAUCCGCCGAUAACCUUCGGAGGCAAAUGCCGUUGUCUGAAAAGGACAAGGAAAAGAGGAGUACUGCACCGGGAAAGUCCUUGAAUGCUUGGAAGGAGAAGAGGAACUGGGAGGACAUACUUUCAUCUCCAUUUCGUGUUUCUUCCCGCAUGUCACAUUCACCUAGUCUUAGCAGGAAAAGUGCUGAGCGUGUACGUACGCUGCAUGAUAAACUAAUGUCUCCUGAAAAAAAGAAGAAAACAACUUCUGACUUAAAAAAGGAAGCCGAAGAAAAGCAUGCUCGGGCUAUGAGAAUCAGAAGUGAGUUAGAGAAUGAAAGAGUCCAAAAGCUUCAACGUACGUCUCAAAAAUUAAAUCGUGUCACUGAGUGGCAUGCUGUUCGUCAUAUGAAGUUACGAGAGGGCAUGUAUGCCCGCCAUCAAAGGAGUGAAUCUCGUCAUGAAGCUUUUCUAGCUCAAGUGGCAAAGAGGGCUGGUGAUGAAAGUAGCAAGGUAAAUGAGAUUCGGUUUAUUACUUCCUUAAAUGAAGAAAAUAAAAAAUUGAUAUUGCGUCAAAAACUUCACGAGUCAGAGUUGAGAAGAGCUGAAAAGCUCCAGGUGAUAAAAUCUAAACAAAAGGAAGAUCUGGCAAGGGAAGAAGCUGUUCUGGAACGCCGGAAACUCAUUGAGGCUGAAAAGUUACAGCGUCUUGCUGAGAUACAACGGAAAAAGGAGGAGGCUCAAGUCAGAAGGGAAGAAGAAAGAAAAGCAUCAAGUGCAGCACGGGAGGCAAGGGCAAUUGAGCAGCUUCGAAGAAAGGAAGAAAGAGCCAAAGCACAACAAGAAGAGGCUGAACUUUUGGCACAAAAAUUGGCAGAAAGACUUAAUGAGAGUGAACAACGUCGCAAGAUUUACCUGGAGCAAAUUCGGGAGAGAGCAAAUUUGAGGGACCAGUCGUCUCCUUUACCACGUCGAUCAUUAAAUAAGGAGGGCCAAGGUAGAUCUAUACCGACUAACAGCAGCGAUGAUUCUCAAACAAACAUUGCCUCUGGAAUAGGUUCUAGUCUUGGAAUUGGCAAUAUCGCAUCACAACCCUCAAUAAAGAGAAGAAUUAAGAGAAUUCGACAAAAGCUAAUGGCUUUGAAGUAUGAGUUUGUUGAGCCCCCUCUUGGAUAUAGAGUAGCAGUGGGUGCUGCCAGGGCAAAAGUUGGCCGGUGGCUUCAAGAACUUCAAAGACUUCGGCAAGCAAGAAAAGAAGGGGCCACAAGUAUAGUGCUAAUAAUUUCUGAAAUGAUUAAGUAUUUGGAGGGAAAGGAUCCUGAGUUGCAAGCAUCUCGACAAGCUGGACUACUUGAUUUUAUUGCUUCUGCCCUGCCCGCUUCGCACACAUCAAAACCUGAAGCAUGCCAAGUUACAUUGCAUCUGUUAAAACUUCUGAGAGUUGUACUAUCUGCACCUGCAAAUAGGAGUUAUUUCAUUGCACAGAAUCUUCUGCCCCCAAUCAUCCCGAUGCUUUCAGCAGCUCUUGAGAAUUACAUAAAGAUUGUAGCAUCUUUAAGUAUUCCUGGCAACAUCAGUCUGCCCUCAACUAAAGCAUCAGCAGAGAACUUUGAAUCAAUUUCUGAAAUAUUAAAUAAUUUUUUGUGGACUGUCACUGCUAUUUUUGGCCAUAUUAGCUCAGAAGCAAGACAACUUCAAAUGCGUGAUGGCUUGCUGGAGUUAUUGAUUUCAUAUCAAGUGAUUCACCGGUUGAGAGAUCUUUUUGCACUUCAUGAUAGGCCUCAGAUGGAAGGGUCAGCAUUUCCUGCCCCUAUUCUCUUUAGCAUACAUCUUUUGAUGGUUUUGACUUUCAGACCUGGUAAGUUGAGUUAUAUUGACUGGGAAUCUUCUCCAAUGGCAACGAAGCAGGAAAUUGGCAAUGAAGGGGUUAAGUUUGCAAAUUCUGUACUCUCUGUAGUGAAGAAUUCCUGGGGAGAUUUCAAUCACUUAUCGGUGAUCAAUAGCGGCUCAGUUAUGCAAUUGCCUGAUGUCCCCGAGGACAGACCACUGAAUGAAAUAAGUAAAGUGAAGAGGAAUGAUGAAUCGAUUGCUAUUGGCAAAGGCUGUGAAUUGGAGCAUGAUUGUUCUGUUACAUUGAAAAGCAAUGAUAUGGAGAAGAUCAUUAAUCCAGAUGAAUCCAAGAAAAACCAGAAUGAGGAUAUUACUACUUCUGUUGUUCCCCUGAGAGAUGAAAAACAUACAGCACAGAAAAAUGAAAAAGAAUCAAUUUUGGCUCAGCCAGUGGUAUUCCUUCUUUCAGCUGUGUCUGAAACAGGACUUGUCAGUCUGCCUUCUCUUUUGACUGCUGUUCUCCUGCAGGCAAACAAUAGAUCAUCCUCUGAACAAGUGAUGUGGAUCUAUUAUGAAGCAUUUCCAGUCAUUUAUUUGGGAAUUACUCUCUCCUUCCCAAAAUAAUUAUCGCAUUUGAUCAUUUCACACAGAUUAAGAAAAUAUGAUAAAUGAAAGAGAAAGAAGAAUAAUUUUAUCAAACUAUUCUUAUAAACUAUUGAUUCAUUCUAAUUAUUAUAAAUGUAAAGUGAAGGGAUAAUAAAUUGAGAGUGAUGCAUAUGGUAUUACUUAGAGAGUAUGAUUGGUAAAAAGAAAUUAAAGUUGCAUUGGAAACAAAAAACGACAAUUAUUUUGGGACAAUUUUUUCUUGCAAAUGCAACAAUUAUUAAGGGACGGAGGGAGUAGGAUGUAAUAUGGAGUUUCUAUUGAAUUUCAACUUUAGUGGAUCUUGAGCCUUUUUUGAAGAGGGAAAAGUAAUAAAUAGCAUUUUGAGUCUUGGACAAUGUCACGACCCAAAAACCGACACUGUGACUGGCGCAAAGACUAAUACUCCUAAUUUGACAAGCCUAUUGACCAACUUAGCAAUUCAACAAUAAAAUAGUUCUAAAUAUCUCUAUACUUCCAAAAAAUAAUAUUUCUCAAAAUUUCAACGGUAUUCUCUGUAAUUUCAACGUUUCCAAAUAUAAAAAUCCUGUUUCGAACCUUUAAUCCAGUCAAUAUUUCGAAAGAGUAAAUCUAAAGGUUUAAUACAUUCUAAAAUGACUUUCUAGACUUAAAAUAGCUGCAGAAUACUCCAUGACUCAACAGAUACAUAACAAAACGGCCGCCGAUCAAGGAGGUCUACCAAAAAAUGUGACCGAGACCUGAAUCUACUAACAACUUACUACUCAGUUGCCUGUGAAUCUGAAAAAAAAUAAACAACAUGAAGGGGUAAGUCACAAAGACUUAGUGAGGAGACAACAACCCCUACAAACUAGAAGGGAAACACAAAAAGACACGAUUAAUCAUUUUACAAUCUUGUGGCAAUUAUAUUUAACAAUACUACUACCUUAAAUAUAGAUAAUUCUCAAUAAAGUAUACACAUGAUAAUUGAGUAUAAUAUUUUGUUAAGCAGCUACUGUUUGCUGACAGUCCCUGAUUUGUUGUUUGUCCUUAGCUUCUGGUCUCCUCUAUUUUAUUUUUAUACUUUUGUUAUGAUGACACUUAAAGAUUUGCAGUUCCCUGUGUAUUCGUAGUUGGGCAAGUUGAACAUGUAGUAUGUUUUGCUUUUAAGUUGAGGCUGUCUUUAGCCUGAGAACUGAUAUGUUAAAAAUUGAUCUGGCUGCAAAUAUUUGAUACUUUUAAGUUCUUUGUUUAAAUCAUGGUUGAAAUUCUUACUACUUUUUGACUAUCUGGUCAUUAGCAUUUAGCCUGUAGUAUUUAGUUUUUAGGUUAUGUUGUUUUGAACUUCCUUGCCUUCAGAAUCUGAUUUUCCUCAAUUAUCUUGGUCCCUGGAAAUGGAUUAUUGGGGCUAGUGAUAUAUUGAUUGCAUUGUGAACAUAACCUCUGAAUAAUUUCCCGAUAUCAAGUGUUGUUACUAAGCAAAUAUAUUUUCUUUUCUUUUGACAAUUUGGCCAUUUACUAGUUGUUUACAUGUCCAAUUUUUC